AUGGGGAAGAAGGUUAAGAGGAAGGCCAGAGCUCCUCAAAAGGAGAAGUGGGUUGCAUCUGAUUCCCCGAAGAAGGUUGCCGAACCAAGUGACCCGAGCAUUGAGGAUGAUGGUGAUGAUGAUGGAGUUUCAGUUGCAAAAGUGAGGAAACCUUGUCCUCACAUUGACAAAGGUGUUGAUUUGAAUAAGUUGCAUGCUAAAAUUGGGUCUUCAGCAGCUGUUAGGUGUGAAGAUUGUAGGGAAGGCGCCAUUGAUAGGAAGGGGGGUAAAGGCAAGGGAAAACAUGCUAAGAAGAAAGGUGGUGCAGAUUCUAAAUCUGAAUCAAAAUCCGUUUGGCUUUGUCUAGAAUGCGGUCAUUUUGCUUGUGGUGGGGUUGGACUUCCAAUAACCCCUCAAUGCCACGCAAUUCGGCAUGCAAGGCAAACUCGUCACCCAUUGGUGGUGCAGUUUGACAACCCACAGUUGCGGUGGUGCUUUCAGUGCAACACACUGAUUACCAUUGAUAAGACGGGGGAGAAUGGUGAAGAGAAAGAUGUCUUUUCUGAAGUUGCGAAAUUAAUUAAGGGUCAUUCGUCAGAGGACUCAUCAGGUGAUGUCGAGAGUGUAUGGUUUGGUAGUGGCAGUGUGACAAGCGAAAUCAAAUCAGCCAGCAAUACAUCAAGCCUUUUCGAUGGAAGAGGAGGUUAUGUAGUAAGAGGCUUAGUUAACCUUGGUAACACUUGCUUCUUCAAUUCUAUUUUACAGAACCUUCUAGCUAUUGAUAGGUUGCGGUGUCACUUCUUAAAUUUUGAAGCACCUGCUGGACCACUUACUAUUUCCUUGAAGAAACUCUUUGCUGACACGAAACCAGAGGCAGGACUCAAGAAUGUUAUAAACCCCAGAUCGUUUUUUGGGUGUAUCUGUUCCAAGGCACCCCAGUUUAGGGGCUAUCAGCAGCAAGACAGUCAUGAAUUGCUUCGUUGUUUACUUGAUGGAUUGUGCACUGAGGAGUUGAGUAUGAGGAAACGUACAAGGCCUUCCCAAAAUGGGGAUCCAUCAAAUCCAGUUCCUACGUUUGUGGAUGCUGUAUUUGGAGGACAGAUAUCAAGUACUGUUCGCUGUGUUGAAUGUGGUCACUCAUCAACUGUCUAUGAAUCAUUCUUAGAUCUUUCACUACCAGUCCCAACCAGGAAAUCUCCACCUAAGGCUUCCCAACCAAGCUCUCGAGCAAGGAAAACGAAGCUUCCACCCAAGAGGACUGGAAAGGUUCGAUCAAAAAUUAACAAAGACAAGAACCCUGUAGCAUCUCCAAGUGUUGCAACCCCAUCAACCAGCUGUGAGCAUUCUAACCAGGUACAGUCAAGUUCUACUGACCUAAAUGUUCCUGAUCGUCCUACUGAGCUAAAUAUAUCUGAACAAAGUACCAGCAGUGGCUUGGUUACGAAGAAUCUAUCAGCUGUCCAAGAAUCUGAACAUGAACAAGUCUUUGAGGAUGCAGCAGUUUUGUUGAAUGACUUUACAUGGAUGGAUUAUCUUGGUGACGGAAAUAUGUUAGAUGACUGUGAUUUGACUUCAGAAAAUGCGAUUGUUUCAAUUGUUCAAGAUCCUAAAAGUACCAAUGCAUCUCUUAUUGAUGUCUCACAACAGAGUGGCUCUGAAAUCAGUGAUAAGGAUUCCAAGGUUACUGGAGUACAGGAUGUAAAACCAAACUUUUCUUCAGUGAAUUCAGUGGAUGACGAGCUCCCAUUACAAGUUCAAAGUUGUGAAAUUUUAUUGCUUCCAUAUAAAGAGGAUCAUAAUUCUGAAGUUUUGUUGCUUCCACAUAAGGAAAGAUGUUCUAUCACUGAGGAAAAUGUGGGAGGAGAAGGAGAGGCAUCGUCAUCAUUUGUGGGUUGUGGACAAGAUGAUUUUGAUGGCUUUGGGGACUUAUUCAAUGAGCCUGAGGUUGUUGCUGGGCCCAGUCCAAGGCCCUCUACAGGGGAGGAAGGUACAACAAUUAGUCUUGUAGUUAGUGAGUCUGAUCCAGAUGAAGUUGAUGAUACAAAUUCUCCAGUCUCAGUAGAGAGUUGCUUGGCUCAUUUCAUAAAGCCUGAGCUUCUUGCCAAUGAAAAUGCUUGGCAUUGUGAGAAUUGUUCUAAAUCUCUGCAGCGCCAAAGGUUGGAAGCAAAGAAGCGGCAAAAAGCAACAACUUAUGGUUUGACAAAUGGGUGUGAGACUAGAGUCCAAAGUGUUUCUUUGAGUUCAGACACUGCUGAUAUCAGUAAUAUUAGUAAUGGAAAUAUUCAAAGCAAUACUUGUUGCAACCAUUCUGGUGAAAACUUGGUUUUGGUUGAAGGGAAGAUGAAUUGCUUGAGUGAAAAUCGCACGUCAAUUGAGAAUGCUCCGUCAGAUAAGAUGAUUCCUGUUUGUCAACAACAAGAAGGAAACAGUGAGAUGAAAGAUGUACUUCCAACAGAAUCAAAUACUUCAGAUUCCAAUAACAGUUGUACUCUAGAAAUCAGUACUCAAGCCAUUGAUUCAUGUGCUGAUGAGCCUAGUAGUGCUGGAUGUACCUCUGAAAAUGCUUUACAGACAAAUUCCAAGGUAUUAGCUGAUUGUGAAUCAGAAGCAAGUGAAGACGAGGAAAUAAAUUCCAAACAUGUGAAGGUGAAGAGGGAUGCGACAAAACGGGUCCUAAUUGGCAGGGCUCCACCUAUCUUGACCAUUCAUCUAAAAAGGUUUAGCCAAGAUGCUCGUGGUCGCUUAAGUAAAUUGAACGGCCAUGUGACAUUCAGGGAAAAAAUUGAGCUCAGACCAUAUAUGGAUUCCAGGUGCAGAGAAAAGGAGAAUUAUGAAUACCACCUAAUUGGGGUUGUGGAGCAUUCUGGGACCAUGAGAGGAGGCCACUAUGUUGCAUAUGUGAGAGGUGGUGAAAGAAGCAAAGGGAAAACUGGGAAUGAGAAGAUUGGUCACGCGUGGUAUUAUGCUAGUGAUGCACAUGUACGUGAGGUUUCCCUGGAGGAGGUUCUCCACUGUGAGGCCUAUAUCUUAUUCUAUGAAAAAACUUGAGCUGGAUUUAUCUUACAUUACAGUUUUCUAAAGAUACAGUUCAGGUAGGGGAGAGGGGAUGGAGAGAGAAGGAAAGAGGUUGUGUGUGUGUGUGAGAGAGAGGAAAACCAGAGGCAGUGUGUCAACCAUAUGUUUUGAUACCCAUUCUUUCAAAGUGUAAUGAGCUUUUAGGCUUUAGAUGUAUACUUUUAAGUUAUAUCAUCAGAGAAAGGAGGGGGGUUUUCUUUUGGAGUCCCAUCACCCCAGGGACCCUAACUACAAGAGUUAUCGACUUCUUUUUUAAGAAUAGUACUGAAAUCUUAGCAAUUUAUUAACAGUGGUGUUUGUGAUUUA